AUGGAAAACUCCACAGGGACAAACAUCAAGCUCAUCUCCUUUGGGACAACCCAAGAUCGGAAAAUGUUCCCGUUCUACUAUGCCCCAGACAGGCUGGGGAUCGAGAUGCCAGGGGUGAGGGGCAACCCUUCCCUGGGGCCAGGCUGCUACCUGGGGCCGGAGUCAAACAUCCUGAAAUCCUCCAUAAGCACCCGACCCAUGAGCACCAGGGGCUACGUGAUGGGAGCCAGGACAGCCCCACGCUUCCAGAGGAAGGCUCAGAUGGUGACCCCUGGCCCUGCCACGUACCAGCCCGUGCUGGGGGAGGAGAGGAGGUGCCAGCCUGCCCACGUCCCCUUUUCCUCCAGCAGCCCGAGAUUCCCAACCAGGAUUCUGGAUAAGGAUUUGUUCCCUGGGCCUGGAAAUUACGACAUAGAUCAGCCUUUAAACAGAAAAGUCACUUGGCCAAUGAAGUUUGGGGCUCCAGAUUGGGCUGCAGUGCCAGCACUGCCCCAGAGGAUGGUGAAACUGCAGGUCCAGAAGAUGACUGUGGAUAAAAAUUUCCGGAAAAAUCAGGGCAGAGAGGCAUACCUGAAGUUGUACCAGAGCUGA